AUGGAGUUGCUUUCCUCCCCGUCCUCAGCCCCCGACUGCUUACUCAUCUCUGAUUCAAGCUUCGAACCAACAAGCGCAAGCGCUUCGAGCAAGGGUGCCGUGGUGAUGGAGUCUCCAUAUUCUUCCGACCCUCCUGACCACGAAAAGUGGCCCUGCCCUGAAUCCUUGCCAGAUCUGGCCUCGGUCCAUGAGGAACUUGGCCGUCUUGAGACCCUUGAACAGGUCGUCAACCAGCAUAUACGCGAUGCAGAGGGGCAAGAAGGUGCCCAUCCAUCCUCGGGCGAGGCCUCUGUGGGAGAAGAAGAGCCCUCCUUGACUCAGCAGUAUGCCUGGAGAGACAUAGCUCAGCGGCUCAAGCAACAGCAGGCAGCCCUUGAAUCCAGGGCCGCGCAUCUUUCUCGCCGGCCAAUUAGCGGUGCAUGCCUGGCGAAUCUUUCCACGGAAAUCCUUGCCAUGAUCGUCAAGUGCUUCGAGUACACGCCAAAUUAUGAAGACACGGGCCGUCAAGGCGUUAUUGCCGAGUUUCCAGAGGAAAAUCGCCGCGCCAUCCAGGCAUUACGUCUAACCUCUCGCCAUUUGAAUCUUAUGGCAACACCUUUGCUCAUGCCCGUGGUUACCCUCUCUGUCGACAACGCAUCCCUCACAUUGGCAAGAUCCCUCAUUUAUCAUCCUCACAUGGGCGCCGGCGUCCAAGCCAUCCGGGUUGGUCUCGAGAACCGCCCCGCAGAUCUCCUAGACAUGUACGCGUUUCUGGGAAUCAAGGAAGCUGAGCUUGUGGACUGUGAAGAGGAUUUACGAACAGAACUCUCGGAGGUUACGAUGCUGCUUGCCCAGGCUUAUUCGGAUAAAGACGAUGAAACCGCCUCCAAGCUUGAGAUUGCGGGUAACAACAUGUACGAGGCCAAUAGCAGAGCAGAGAUGGUGUGUUUGGCCGUAGCAAUGCUCAAGGACGACCAAUUCGAGACGUGGAAGGCCAGACUGGAGGGGCAGCCCGAUCCUGUGCAGCUAGAUGUCGAUCCUGCUAAUGAGGAUCUGUUGAGCCGCUACAAACGUUUGGCCACGCUCGCCCACAAAGAGUAUUGCCGGAUUCAAAGGGAGCAAAACAUAUAUAUCCAAACGAGGAUAUUUGUCGAGACGGUUGCUCUUCUCGCGAGGCAGGGAAGACAGCCAUUAUCUCUUGAGUUCUUUGAAAACCGAAGAUACAAGCCGGGCAAAGACUCGAGUACCACGCACACCCCAUAUCGGAACGACAAAGCCCUAUUUGAAUUUCUCUUGGAUGCACCGGUUUGGGGCGCCCUGUUUUAUCCCGUCCGUAUCAACGUACUCCAUGAUCUACCUGUUGCUCUUCGCAACACCGGCAGAUUUUUGAAAGGCUUCCAAAUAAGCUGCCCCCCACUGCUGCACCAGAUUCCCUCGAUCUAUUCUGAUAAUCAGCCAAACAAUACUUGGGACGAGUUCAAUGCUGCGUCUCAGGAGCUCAGGUUUCUUAACUUGGAGGGCAGAGAACUCAAGGGCGUGACGGUCGGCGACCCGGCAAUCGCGGCAUCUGGAAGAAGAGGUAUCUGCAAAUAUUUCAGCGGCCUGCUGUCUGGCCACUGCUUUGAGCAAGUUUCAUUUGACGGCUGUGCAUACAAGGACCGGCAUCCUAGGGAUAUCGGUACGCUGUUCCCAAUGGGGCAAGCUUUUGCCAGUAUUGAAUGGCCGCAUAUCAAAACGGUGCGGAUUCUUCACGUGUCGAUGACACAAGCAGAGGUUGAAGGCUUCUUCAGAGGUCUGGGGACGAUUCUAGAGGAGAUAGUAAUGCACGACGUCCAAAUGAGAGGCGGCAGGUGGAAGCCGGCGCUGGGUAUUUUGAGGGAGAAGGUGGCUCGACGUCGGCAAGGGGCGCCUGGCUUCCACGAUGCUCAUUUAUUGGGCCGCGAUAUCCAUUUGCUUGUGGAAAGCGGCGAUGAACUUGUGGUCCGGAACUUCGAAAGAUCCAAUAGAUAUACAGUCAUGAAGCUCAUAGAACGGUAUGUCAACGAUGACGGCAUUAGCGAAAACCCUCUGGGGAACUACGGGCAUCUUGCCUGA